AGUGUUAGCCGGCUAAGUCGCGCCAACGCGUUCGCCGCGUUUGCUUUAAAAUUUAUUAUAUAACGAACAGUCGUCGAUCGGCGCUCGAGUUCGGACGCAGCCUGCUUUCACCCGUCGCUAUUAAUUACACAUAUGUAUGUGUUCAUUCGCAUCUAUUUACACAACUGUUUCGACUGCUGAAAGAUAUAGGUAUCGUGCAGUGUACACGUAUAGCUGAGCGAAGUCGCUAUCUUAUCGGAGCACUCAUUGAUCAGUCAUUAUUAUAUUAUCGCGAACGGCCCGCCUUAUACGGACUGGACUACCUCUUAUUGUCCAAUUUAAAGUCAACGUGUGAUCUUAGUGUACGGACGCGACCGCGAUGCUACUGGUGAAGUCAUAAUGUGCGUCGUACUAAAAUAGAAACACAGUGUUUACAGGAAAAUAGUAUCAAUAACAUAAGUGUUGUGGUUUGUUAUCGAACGGAAAUGGCCGCCAAAUCACCCACAACGAGUGUGAAGUCACGAGAGAUCAUCGGUGGCGACCAGUUCAGUCAGCGGCGUGAGGUUUUCGAAAAAUACGACACUGUGUUCAUGCCGCUACCAUCACCCGCGUCGCCUAUUCCGACAUACAGAGAAGUGGAGCCCAUCAUCACAUCGAACCACGGUAAAACCACUACUAAUUUUAAACGAAACACAACUGGAUACUCAAGCAUGCGUGAAUCCAGAAACGACGAACGGAAUCACCAUGAUUUCAGACCACGAAAGUAUUCCGAUAACUUCACGUCCGAUUUGAAUAGCAGUGACGAUGUCGACUACAGAUACAGCACUGUUGAGAGAACCCGACGACUUUCCAAGUUGAGACGAGAUUUCCUGAAUUCUAAUAUUCACGAACCGAACGCGAGCCCGUUAGCUCGAAGUGGCGUUCGCGCCUCAAUGCCAGCUAAUAGUGGCACUGUAAAAUACAAGAUUGAAAGUCCAAAAAUAUAUAAAUUCCCGUUCGCUGAACCGUAUUUAACGCCGACGCCCGUGCGACGUGUUAUCGUUGACUUAGGUCCUAUUGAUGAUUACAACGGUAAGGAAAAUCAGAAUCCUGAAGACGAGAAUAAGCAUCGCAGUUUGCCAAAUGAUAACGGUUCACCCAAAAUCGACCAUCAAAAACUUUUUGAAGAGCUAGUCAAGAGAUACUCACCACAACGAAAACCUGUCGAUUGGACCAUACCUCCUACACGUCCAAAGAUCGUCGGUUCAGUGCCAAAAUCGACAUCUAGUGGUGAAAAUAUUAUUGGCCAAAGGGAUUCACCUGAAAAAGAUGAGGUCUUUGAAAAGAAUGAAGAAACUGUUAAAUUAGACCAAAACAAUUCGCAUGAAAUUAAUCCACAUGUAGAAGUAUUGCAUAACGGGAACGACAAGUCAUUAGAAUAUCAAAGAAAAAACAGUGAUGAUAAGGAUGAAGAACGAGAGGAAACUGACCAUGUUCCAGAGCUGUCACCAAUAAAAAGACAAUUAAGUAAUUCAUCUAGGGGCGUGCCCAUGGAUAAAAAGCUAGAUUUGACCAUGCCAGAGUUAAUAGAUAAAAUGAUCGAAGAAGGCGGAAGUACGAACAAUAAAAGCACCAACAAAAAGGUUAAAAGAAAAAGAAGUUUCUUAGAUAAACUCCUUGGGCGCAAUAAGGGUGUUAAAACUCAAAACUAAUGUAUUAAAGUUUAUAUUAAUGUUAUCUUUGCUGAAGAUACCAUAACUUAUCAAUUCUUAACGAUUGGAUACAAAAAAUUGACGUCGGUUCUUAUCGUUACAGUGUAUCGAACAACCGAUAGAAGUUUGAAUAAGUAACAUAAUUGUUGGAGUUUAAUGGAUACGAAGGUCAUACAUACUUCAUAGAUUUUAUCAUAAUGCAUUUAAAAUUUUAAUCGUUUAUCAAAAAAUUACAAAAUGACUGGUUCUAGGUGACAGAAAAUAAAAAUGUAUUCAGAGCGUAUAGAUUUUUAUAUUUGUAAAAAAAAAUUGUAAAACUGUUUUAUUUGUGAUACGGAUAUCAUACUUUUAUAUUUUUAUUAACGUUCAGUGAUAAAUUACUGUUAUAAUAUUGUGCUGUCGAUAAUUCAAACUAAAUGAAUAUUUUUAUUAAUAAAAUAAGUGUUACCAAA